GCGUUAGUAAAACUACAACAGAGCAACAUAAGCACCUUCCAUAUCUCUUUUUUAAUUUAAGAUGUCAAUUGAAAGUUUCAAAAUAUCAAACAACGAAUCACGAUGCGUAUUUUUCAACGAUGACUCAGAAGAUCAUCGAUGUAUUGUGAUCCUGACAGUGAAACGAGCCACAGGAACAUUCUCAUUGUUGGGAUGCCUUUGGAUGCUGUUUGUUAUCUGGCUGCUUCGACGGUACAACUCUGUUGCACAGAAGAUGAUUCUGAGCCUCACUAUAGCUGCUAUCUUCGACAGUGUUGCAUAUGUCAUGGGAGACACCCACCUGGAGGGGUCACUUUGUGACUUCCAGGCCUGGUGGCUCACAUACUUCGACUGGAGUGCCCUGGCCUGGGUUUGCCUCAUCACUCUAAACCUCUACCUCAACUUGGUUUGUGAAAUAAGCACCACCAGAUUUGAGAUCUUGUACCAUCUCACUGCAUGGGGGGUGCCUUUGGCCAUGGCCUCUCUGCCCCUGAUGAAGGGCUUUUACGGCCCUGCAGGAGCUUGGUGCUGGAUCACAGGCGAUCACGUAGCCUGGAGAUUUGGGAUAUGGUAUGUGCCACUUUUCACCCUCAUCCUGCUAAUGAUCUGCUGCUAUGCCAGGAUAAUCUUUGUGGCCAAUAAAAGGAUGCAGUCAUGGUUGGGAACGUUUAACCCUGAACGAGAGAGGCGAAAGGUUUCUUUAGCGGAGGAGAUCAGACCGUUGAAAUGGUAUCCCUCAGUUUACCUGCUGGUGUCGAUCUUCCCCCUCAUCAACAGGUAACACAGCAUGCACAGACACAUCAGCCACAUAGACUAUUUGCAUAUUUGCUUCUCUGAUUAUCUUAUCUGGUCUGUGCCGCCUCCCUCUGCUUUUUCCCUUUCGUUCU